AUGAUUUCUUCUCAUUGUGUUAUUCUGACCUCCGAGUAUGCUCAGACGCUCUGGGUGAAGUAUGAUUUUCAGCCUCAGGACGAAGUGCUUAUACCUUUGGAUGGAGCCUCCUUUCUAGAACCCCCACCAAGAAAGGUUGACGUCUUUGUCAAUGUUUACUACUGGGUGAAAGGACCCUACUUUCGGACUGAAAGAACUUCUGAUAGCGCACCCAGGCUACUUGGUCAGGAUCAAGAAGCUGAUCGUCUUCUGGAAAGUUUUACCGUUGCUCCCCAGGAAUUCCCUGAGUACAUUCUUAUUGGAACAGGGAUGAGCACCGAAUGGUAG